AGAGGACGUCUCAUGUCUCUUAAAACAAACUUCCUCUUUUCCUCUCUCCUCGCUCGGUUUCCUUGCGUCUCUCCAUGCAUCCACGGUGGGAAGAUUAGGACUCAAGGAAAAGACGCAAGUGAGGGAAACGUGGAUGCAAUUUAAGAGACUUGGGAUGCACCCAUAGUCAUCAGGGUCCAGGAUGGCGACAACCUCAACAUCCAAUACAUGAGUUUAUUUCCGUUUCGCUUAUAAAGCGUCUCCUCUGAUGUCAACAUAGAGGAAGCUUCAGAUAUAAACGGACAGGGUUCAGAGAAGGAGUUUGAUGGAGAAAAUGUCAUCGUGUUAAAAUGUCUAAAGUCCAAAUGCUGAGAGCGUCGGUGACGCAGCGACUAACUGCGGCUGCUGAAGAGAUAUUUGUGCUGUUUGAAAGAUCGAUAGCAGAGUACGAGGAGGAACUUUCUCGAUCAAAAGAGGAGAACGAGCGACAACGCAAACUACUGGACGCUGUUUUCAACCCUCAACUUCAGCUACACAGAGCAGACAUCCAGCAGCUGUCAGAGAGUAAAGAAGAGGUUCCCCCUGAGCAGCAGGAGUGGAGCUCCAGUCUGGACCAGGAGGACCCAGAGCCCCCACACAUUAAAGAGGAACAGGAGGAACUCUUGACCAGUCAGGAGGGAGAGCAGCCUCAAGGGCUGAUUGGUGUUGAUAUCCCAUCCUCUCCUGUGUCAGUGAAGAGUCCAAGAAAAACUGAGAACAGAGAGGCAGAGCCUACAGCCAGCAGCUCAACUGAACAGAUGGUAACAGAAGCUGAUGGAGAGGACUGUGAAGGAUCAGAACCAGCCAGGAACUCAGAUCCAGGUAGACAUUUACAACCAGAUUCUCCCGACAAGAUUUCAGAUCCUUCUGAGACUGAUGUUAGUGAUGGUGAUUUGACAGAGACCAGAGAACCUCAGUCAGAUUUAAACUCUCUGAAAAAUAAAGAAAUCCUUGUUAGUGAUAUGAAACUUAAUACUGGCAACAACUCGUUCAUCUGCUCUCAGUGUGGUAAAAAAUUUGCGAGCAAAGUAAGUCUACAGAGACACAUGGCACUGAGUCAUCAUACAGGAAUGAACGCCUUUAGUUGUGAGUUAUGUGAUAAAACAUUUACACAUAAGAUAUAUCUGAAAAUCCACAUGGGUGUUCACACAGGAGAGAAAAGAUACCGUUGCCAUAUUUGUGAAAAAAGAUUCACCUGGCGUAUCCAGCUCAGGAGACAUAAAUGUGUUGAUAAAUCCUCACAACUGAAUGGUGGAGAAACAAAACCAGUGAGGAACUCGGUCCGUAUAAGUGAGUUGAGAUGUAGAGAUGCCAAAAACUCAUCUAGUUCAUUUUCCUGCUCUAAGUGUAAAGAAAAGUUUAACAACUUUUAUUCUCUGGAGAGACACGAGAAAGCUCAUUCAGGGAAGAAACCAUUUAGUUGCCCAUUUUGUGGUAAAUCAUUUGCACACAGGGCACAUCUGACACCUCACGUAGCGAUGCACACAGGGGAGAGACCAUACAGGUGUGGUUAUUGUUACAGAAGCUUCACCUGGCCUUCACAGGUCAAAAAGCACAAAUGUGGUCGUGAGAAGUACUAUAAGCUUUAUCAAAGCCGAAUCAAGGAGAAAAGAGCGGCAGCGCUUCAAGGGCUGGAGGAGGCUGAUAUCACCCAGUUCACAGUCACUCCUGUCCCUGUGAAGAGUGAAGAUGAUGAAGACAAACCUCAGUCCUCACAGCUUCAUCCAAGUCAAACUGAGGAGAACAGAGAGGCAGAGCCUCCAGCCAGCAGCUCAACUGAACAGAUGGAAACAGACGCUGAUGGAGAGGAUUGUGGAGGAUCAGAACCAGCCAGGAACUCACAUCCAGAUAGACUUUUACAACCUGAUACUGAUGACAGGACUUUACAUUUUCCUGAACCUGAUCCUGGUCCUGAAGUCAGGGAGGAUGAUUGGAAGGUGACCCGGGAACCUCAGUCAGGUUUACAGAAUGAUGUCCCUGUAAGCAGUAUGAGUCUUACAACCUUAACAAAAAGAUUUACUUGUUGUCAGUGUGGUGAAACAUUUGACAAAAAGGUUUCACUAGUGAGACACAUGAAACAUCAUGCCAAAAAACAAUGUAGCUGCUCACUUUGUGGGAAAGAAUUUGUCCACAAGGAAACUCUGGAAGCACAUAAGAAAUGGCACGAAGGACAUACUGACUUUAGUUGCUCACUUUGUGGUAGAAAAUUUAAAUAUUUAGGACAAUUGUCGCUGCACUUGAACUCCCAUGAAGAGAUCAACAGAUUCAAAUGCAGUAUUUGUGACAGAACAUUUAAUAUAUUUUAUGCAUUCAAAAGACAUAAAUGUAAUGGUGAGUCCUCAAAGCUUCACAAACCCGGGGCGAGUCAGGAGGGAGAGCAACUUCAAGGGCUGGAGGAUGCCGAUACACCCAAGUUCACAUUCACUCCUCUUCCUGUGAAUAGUGAAGAUGAUGAUGAAGAGAAACAUCAGUCCUCACAGUUUCAUCAAAGACAAUAUGAACAGACGAACACAGAAGUUGAUGGAGAGGACUGUGGAGGAUCAGAACCAGCCAGCAACUCACAUCCAGAUAGACAUUUACCACCAGAUACUGAUGACAGGGAAGAGAGUAGUCAACAAAAACAACCAAAAAGUCUGAGCCAACACAUGAUAAUACAUUCACAGGUACACAGGGAGGCAAAGCAGGAGGACCCAGGUUCCCCACACAUUAAAGAGGAACAGGAGGAACUCUGGACCUGUCGGGAGGGAGAGCAGCCUCAAGGACCUCCUCCAGCCAGCAGAUUAGCUGAACAGAUGAAAACGGAAGCUAAUGGAGCAGAUAGACAUUUACAGCCAGUUAGUGAUCUUAAGGUUUUAAACGCUUUUCAGUUAAAGACUGUCAAUGUUGUCUGCAUGGAGAUCAGAGCACCUCAGUUAGUUUUCAUCUCUCAAAAAAAAAAUGUAACCCCUGUAAGUAAUGAAGGAUAUAAUAUUGAUGAGAAACCUUUUAGCUGCCAGAAGUGUGGGAAAGGUUUCUCACGCAAUGAUGUGCUAAAGAAACACAUGAGAACUCACACAGGAGAGAAACCAUUUUGUUGCUCGAUAUGUGGUAAAAGAUUUACCCAGAAUUCACAUGUAAAACAACACAUGACAGUCCACAAAGGGGAGACACAAUUCAGCUGCGGUGUUUGUAACAAAAGAUUCAUUUGGAAUUUUCAACUCAAGAACCACAAGUGUGUUGGUGAGUCCUCACAGCUUCAUCAAAGACAAACUGAGGAGAACAGAGAGGCAGAGCCUACAGUCAGCAGCACAACUGAACAGAUAGAAACAAAGGCCAAUGGAGAGGAAUGUGAAGAACCAGAACCAGCCAGGAACUCAGAUUUAAACUCCGAGAAAAAUAAAAUCCCUGUAAGUGAUGAGAGAGCUAAAGGAGAGAAACCAUUCAGCUGCUCAAUUUGCGGCACAAAAUCUGCUUCGAAGAGAGGUAUGAAACUGCACAUUAAGCGCCACUUCGCAAAGAAAAGAUUCAGCUGCAGUUAUUGUGACAAAAGAUUCUCUUGGUAUAGAGAGCUUAAAAAGCACGAGUGUGACAAGCCUCCUGAGCUUGAAAUUGAGAUCAGCGAUGAUGAGGAGUAAUGGUUGACCAAUAGUGGAUUUUUAAAGGCAGAUAUAAUAACCAUAAUUUGAAGCAGCUGACAAAGAUGAUAAGUGAAUAACUGGCCAAUAUCAUGAGAGUUCAUUUAGAAGGGAAAAGUCUGGGCAACGACUUAACACAACACAUGAAAUAUCACAGAGCAGAUAAACUGUUCAGGUGCACUUAGCGUGAUAAAAGGUUUGGCUAUAAUUCCCAUCUCAAGCUGCACAUAAAGUGCCAUUCUACCAUAUUUACAUCUGUUUUUAUUGCUCUCAAAUGUAAAUAUGGGUCAAAUUUGACCUGAACAGUAUGUAAGGGUUAAACAACUUCCAAAAGAAAAAGAAAUGUAUAAAAAGGACUUCUCACACGUUAACUGAACUAAUGAACAAAAUCUUGGAUAUGUAUGAUGACGCUCAUUACGCUUCAGGGACAAUAUCACUCCACUAUUAUUCAACAUGUGUUGUAUAAGAUCAUAAUUGUAUCUGACAUUUUUGUCUUCACAUGAAACUAGCCUUUGACGAGUUAUUAACAUUUUGUGUGGGUUUAUUUAAAAUGAGAGAAAAUAUCAGUUAUUAUAUGUAGAAAUGUUUUUGUCUGUGCUAAAAUAUCUUAAAUCACAACUCCUCUGAGUAGUUCAGACAUUGAUUUUGUGUCUUAGAACAAAGUCUGACUCAUCUGUCAUCAUUGGUUUCUGUGAAGCUUCAGCAAAUACAAACUUUUCAUUUGAACUUCAUCAAUUGGAGAAUUUUUUUGUUGAAAGCAAAAUGAUUUUUGAAACUGUAACUUUGGGCUUAAGAUUUAUUUCUGUUGUUGAUAACAUGAUGUAGAAGAUUUUUUUUUGCAAGAUAAGCUGAAAGUUUGGUUUCUCGUAAACUUUACAGCAACAGUUGCUGAUGUUUUUCCUGUUAAGUUGAUUAAAGGCGACUUGAUUUCA